AUGCCGUGGAUCAGACCGUCGGAUGCGCCGGUCGGCCGCGUAUGGCGCAGAUUCGAAGGCAGGCAAAUAAACGGUACCCCUCCUGUCAUCUAUCAAAUCAGAGACUUGGAGGAACCCUACAGGAAAACAUGCUUGGACAUGAUGGAAGAGACUUUCGUCCGUGAUGAACCUCUAUGUCAAGCUUUAGAAAUGGGCUCGGAUCCAGAAUUAAUAGCAAUCAUACGGAACAAUUGGAAGGAGUAUGUGUCACAACAGAUGUCCUUGGCCUGUUUCACGGAGGUGGACGGCGAGCCCAAGGAACUGGUCGGCUUCAACAUACUGCAGGUCAAAUGUAAAGAUGAUGAAGACGAAGACUUUUCACAGGUAGCUAAUUUGCAGUUUAAAAACGAAAAAUUGCUCAAAUACAUGAUGAUCAGGGCCAACUCGAAAAAGCUGGUGGACGUUUUCGAAUACUAUGACGUGGACAAAUACUUGACGUCAAAUGGUCUGAACGUGUUGAGCGAGCACAGAGGACAGAACAUUGGUGCGCGGCUGAUAGAGGCCAGGAGAGAUCUAUGCAAGCAGUUCGGUAUAAAUGUAGCUUGCUCCGUGUUCUCCAGCAAGGUGGCUCAGGUGCUGGCAGAACGGUGCCAAUACGAAAUCAUGGCCGCCGUAACUUGUGCCGAUAUGCUCAAAUAUGGUGUCGACUUGACUUGCUGCAGUCACGUGGACGCUAAGCUCAUGGGGAUUAAGUUUGAAUAG